AUGGAGGACAGGAAAAGUAGCACCCGAGUAACUGCCAAAGGCAGAAGCAUAAACGGAGCCAUAAAGUUCGUGUCAAAGGGUAAAAAGCGUAAUCAGCAUGCGGGAGACAAUGGGGAGUUUGCGUCGAAUGGGUUGAAAGUCAGUACGAGGAAGAAGGAGAGCAACAGGGAGAGUGCCGCCGCUAGCCGCACCGUUAACUGCCGCACUAGCGGUGGCAGCCAGGGGAGAGACCACUCCGUAAACAAUGUUGAUCAGUUCGAACUGAAGUGUAGGGACUACCUAGACGGUGUUCUAAGAAUAAGCGAAUACGUGAAGCUGCCCAAGAGCAUCAACAAUGAGGAGGAGAAGAGGAGGUGGAAGACGGCCCACUGUUUACGUAACAGAAUGAAGCAAUACGAUCAUCUCACGAGAAGAAAAUUGUUCCAAAGAAAAUGUAUUAGUAAUAAUGCAAAAUUCAACAGGGAGAGAUACAUUAUAUUAAAUAAAAUCCCUAGGUACAGGGAAGCCUUUCCUUCCGUCAUGGACGACGCGUCAAACAAAAUCAAGGAGGACAUCAUUCGUACGUACCUCAAGACACACGCUGCUUACUUCCUAUCGGAGGGUCGAAACGGAAACAGCCGCAACUGUGGAAAUGGUUACAACGUGAGUUUCGUGAAAAAGGGACCCAACAGCUACCUGUGCAGGCACGUGAACAAGGACGGGGAGGUGGAUGCUUGUUUGCGUUACUACUGCGGCUCAUCCAAUGGGGGCCAGCACAGAACAGGCAGCACAAGAAACCACCCGAAGGGUAAGAAAAAAGAUUUGUCUUACAAUUUGUGGAAAAAGAUCAUCGUCGAGGGGAUAAAAAAUGGAAGCAUUGGGGGGGUGAGCAAUGUUCACGGACUUCGCAGCGUUAGCGCGCGCGCUCCAAGCAAGUACGAAAUUCUUGUCAACGGAUCCUACCACAAUCUGCGGAGCGUGACAGGCGGGAUGAACGACUCAGGGAAAGACACCCGAAAAAGUGCCCUGAGUCGAAGUAACCAAGCGAGUAUAAAGUUGUCAACAAGCACAAACCAAGCCUCCAACAGAAUAAUCCUACACAACGACAAAAGGGAAGAUGCAUAUGAAUUGAAGCCGAGUAGAACGAAGGGGAAAAUGUGCCCCCCCAGUGCGAAGGUUCUUAAAAGUUCCUCCCCGUACAAUUCCUCUGUGGACUCGAAAGAGGAACGCACACAAGGGGGAGGGUCCAACCGAGGCCGUACACAACACACGACUAUAUUAAAUACCCACAGCCAACACUCAAAUGGGAAUUCCUUCUGUUCGGACGAAUCAAUGAAGAGACUUAUGUACGACAAGUGCAAUGUGGAAAGUGAGAAGUUCUUUUACAAAAAGGAUCGAUUUUCUUUACUGGGUCGGAUUAAGAAAAACAAGGAGAUCGAGGUGAGGCUCGUGUUGAACAAGGUGUGA